AACAACAAGCCACAAUUGUCAACUCUUUUGACUCUAUCUAUCUCCCUAAAUGGAGUGGUUAGAACCUAAUUUUGUCUCAAUAUUUCCCUCUACAAUAUAUUGACUCGUUUCAACUAUGUAUAAGAUAUGUCACAAAUUGUUUUCCUUCCACAAUAACCACUUACUUUUUCUCAUAAUUUUCAUCCAACAUGUUUAGUGUGAUUAGAAGAAAACUUAGGUACAUUUAUUCAAGAAUAUUAUUUCUACUAUGGAAACGUCCAAGAUCAAAAGUUGUUAUCAAAAGGUUUAGAAAAUUGAAAACCAAAUCAUCAAAAAGUAACUCAAAUGGUAGUACUCAUAAUUUAGUGGAGUGUGAUGCAAGAAAGCCAAUUAGAAUCGCGACAUUCAAUGUUGCUAUGUUUUCACUAGCACCAGCAAUUUCAGAACAUGAUGAUUAUGUUAUAUCUAAUCAAAAGAAGAAAAAUUCUAAUUCUACAACAAGUUCUGAAUUUCCAAAGAGUAUACUAAAACAAUCACCAUUGCAUAGUUCUUCUAUGAAUCUUUCAAGAUCAAAUUUGAAGCAGGUUUCAAUAAAUCUACCUGAUAAUGAAAUUUCAUUAGCAAAUAGUAAGAUUCUUGGUUCAAUAGAAGAUAAAGAUGGUAACAUUGGAAGUGUUUCUUCUAGGAGGAAUCAAGUACCGGCAAGAUCUCCGGUGUGUUUUCCUUUUCUGAUGAAUAUGAAUUACUGUGAUGAAGGGAAUGAGAAAUUUUCUAGUAGUAGAAGUAUUUUGGAAGUGCUUAGAGAGAUUGAUGCUGAUGUGGUGGCAUUGCAAGAUGUGAAAGCAGAAGAAGAGAAAUGUAUGAAGCCUCUUUCUGAUUUGGCUGCUGCUUUAGGGAUGAAAUAUGUUUUUGCUGAAAGUUGGGCUCCUGAAUAUGGAAAUGCUAUUUUGUCUAAAUGGCCUAUUAAGAAGUGGAAAGUUCAGAAGAUUGCUGAUGAUGAUGAUUUCAGGAAUGUUAUAAAGGCAACAAUUGAUGUACCAUGGGCAGGGGAAAUAAAUUUGCAUUCAACUCAACUAGAUCAUUUAGAUGAGAAUUGGAGAAUGAAGCAAGUAAAUGCAAUAAUCCGUUCCAAUGACCCUCCACAUAUCUUGGCAGGUGGUCUCAAUUCUCUAUAUAGAGCAGAUUAUUCAUCACAAAGAUGGACAGACAUUGUUCAAUAUUAUGAGAAACUUGGAAAGCCAAGACCAAUGACAGAAGUGAUGAAUUACAUGAAAUCAAAAGACUAUGAUGAUGCAAAGGAUUAUGCAGGAGAAUGUGAACCUAUUGUCAUCAUUGCCAAAGGCCAAAAUGUGCAGGGGACAUGCAAAUAUGGCACAAGGGUGGAUUACAUUUUAGGUUCAUCAAACUCACCCUACAAAUUUGUUCCAGGGUCAUACUCAGUAAUUUCUUCUAAAGGCACUUCUGAUCAUCACAUAGUGAAGGUAGAUAUAAUGAAAGUAAACACAUCUACUCAGAAUAAUGUCAUCAAACAAUGUAGGAAAUUGAAGAGAAAGGUUGUGAAGAUAGCACCACCUUGUUCUGCAACAGGUGUAUGGGAAUUAACUCCACCUCCUAAAAUACUUGUGCCAUAGAAUUUACUUAUAGAUAGAAGUAUUAUAUAUAUAGAAAGCUAUAUGGUAUAUUAAUGUAUUUUGAUAAGAAAUAAUUAAGUUUACAAUUGUUAAUGUGCCCUAUUGAUUAAAAUUGAAGUUACUUCACAAAUUGUUGUGGUGUUACUUAAUCACUUAUAUGAAUAUUGUUAUUUUUUUUAC